GACCCAGUCAGCCCAGUGAUAAUAAGUUAAUAACAUCAUUACUAUGUUAGGGGUAAGAUGACGAUGUCUGAGUAGCAAAAGGGAAUAUCAACUUCCUUGUCGGUUUCCUGUGAUCUGAACCCAAGCAGUAUUAACAGUAAAUCUGGGGUUGCAAAAUGCAAAAUAGUUUAAUUGUGAAUCUGGCUGUUCUUUUCUUUCUGAGUGUACAAUUAAUUCUAGUUCGUUGUGAAGACGACGAGGAAGAUAAUUCAAUUUCUAAACAAGAUCCUCACAGGGAUCCCUCUCUUUGUGAAGUCUGCAAGUAUUUAACGACUGAACUAAAAGGUAGACUAGAUGAAACCGGCAAAACAAAAGAGGUCAUCGAGACAGGUUAUGGGCUGGACACAAAGAAGAAGAAAAAAGAAUAUUAUAAAUCUGAGCUGCGACUAAUUGAGGCAGUAAAUGACCCUCAUGUGUGCGACAAAAUACUGGAGUAUAACAUUCAUGCUGAAAGAAAAGGAAGCUUACGUUUUGCUAAAGGCAGAAGUCAGACAAUGGAAGCGCUUCAUAAUUUGAAAGAUAAAGGUGUCAAAGUUGAGCUGGGAAUACCUUAUGAAAUGUGGGACACGCCCUCAUCUGGCGUUACUGAAAUGCAGAGAAAAUGUUUUAAAAUAGUGGAAGAGUAUGAAGAUGACAUUGAAGAUUGGUACUGGAACAAUCAGCACAAAGAUCUGACAAAGUUUCUGUGUAGGGACAGGGUGUUAUCUCAUAAUGAUCAAGAAUGUUUAGCUGAGCAGUGGACUGGAGAAACUGAGAAAACUUCAGAAGAGAAGAGUUCUAAAGAGAAGAGUUCCAAAAAGAAAACUAAAAAAAGCAAUAACUUAGAGAAGAACAAGCUCAAAGGGGACAUCGGAGGUGAUGAUGGAACACAUGAGACAAAGACUGAGUUAUGAAACUUGCACUGACUAGGAAACAAAUGUAUGAAUUGUGUCUGACUCUUGUUGCUUGCAAUAAAUGCUCAUUAUGAUAUUUGGUUCUUGUAGUCUUCUCAACAUCUCUCUAUCUCUUUUCUCUUGGCUGUCCUCUACAUUUCUUCAAGUCUUGUUCACUGAUGUUCAUGCUGUAUGUAAUCUAAGAAUUUUAAGAGAAACAAAGAUCUUAUAAAAAAAAGUUACGAGGUUUGAGUUUUUUAAAGUAUUGUUGGUUGCAUACAUUCCUGUUGUCUAGUUUUAAAAUGAAAUAGAUUUUACAUCAUCUCUUUUCCAAAGCUUAAAUCUGUUGGAAUUCAAGCCUUGCUAUAAAGAUUUAUAUAUUGAUAUAUUGUAAGCCUGGGCCAUUGUUUCCCAAACUUAUUCCUUAACAAACAGUUUGCACAUUCUGAGUAAUUAGCGGCUUAUUUUUUAGAGAAAAUUUUUUGUGAUGGCCUACUAGUUAAUUAUUUCAGUAGUUUGUGAAAGACAUAUUCAGGCCCAGGGCACUCAGUUUGGGAAACAUUGAUCUAGCUCAAUAUGUGACUUUAUGCGAUUGCAGCUUUGUUUGUGGUGUAGUUGUUGAAUUGAUCAUGGUGGUUGUUGAAGAAAGAAUGUACUGACCAUUAAGAGACCAGAAAACAUUUGUUUUCACUGACAUGUGUCUUGUUUCAUGUAUACAUGAAUGCAUGUUAAUGUUACUCACUUAUUUUAAUGGCAAUGUCUUCGAUUCAGAAGAUUUAGGAACAUCUGUAUGUUACAUGGUAAGAUAUUUUCAUAAGUAUGACUUAUUUGUCAACACUUUCACUGCCUUGUGUUCUGUGAGUUGAAAUCUUUUAAAAAUUAUAUUUUAAUAUUGUAUUGAUAAUAAAAGUAUUGCAGAUUUUCGUGCAUUCGCUUGCCUCUAAAUUUGUGGUUUCACUUGGCUUCAAGCUAUAUUUAUUUAUAUUUGUAAGAGUUUUAAAAUAUUAGUCAAUAAAACGUCCUUGACGUUCCUGUUAUCCACAUUUUGCUAGUUGCAGAAGACGACAAUGAUGAGUUAUUUCUUCUGAUCUGAGCUUUGUUGUUUCUUGGCUUUACCAUUUUGUGAUUUAGUGAAUGUCUAAGGUUCUGUAGAAAGUUUAAAUGAGUACAUAUUCUUCCAUAUCUCAUUUUUAAUCUGUAUUGAUGUUGCAGACUGCAUUUACUUAUGUGUAUUUCUAUUUGUCUGUAAAUAUAUGCAUUUCUGACUGUUUAAGUGUUAUUUUAGCAGUUAUUUAAUAUAUUCUGUUUACUUUAUUCGCUAAGAUCACAUUUUACAUCAAUUUAAAAAUCUGAAUUUUUUAUUAACAUUGCGCCAACAAGCAAUGUUUUUGUUUUGUGGGGGGCGAUUUCGUCAAUCAGAAUAUGAAAUUGCUCCUUUUUUUAUGUUAUUUCUCAUGAAUUUUAGCUUUUUAAAAUGAAAUUAAAUUAAAUGGAAAAGUUGAUUGAACUGUUCACUAAAUAAAUAAUCUCUUGUCUCAAGUGAAUGGUCUAGAAAUAUGAUUGUAAGAGUUUGUAUCAUAGAUACAUUUUUCUUUUGCAUUAAGCUAACUGUUAAAUCAUUUUUUAGUAGCUUUACCUUGUACAUCCAGGCUGCUAAAAAUGAUUCAAUCAUUUAAAAACCCUAACCUUACAUUACCACCCUUCAAAUUAGGGAUUUAUGGCUAGAUAAAGCUUAUUAGUUUUUUUUUACCAUUUGUUCUAUGGAUCUUAGAAGUUUUCUAUAUGGAAGCAAAAAAAAAGGUCUAUAAAGAAAUAUAUACUCCUGGUAGUGUAAUAUAUAUAUAUUUGAAUCCACUUAAUCAGAACAGCUGCUUAUUUGGAUCGCAUCCUUAUUUCAGAAACAAAUUCUGUUGACAAUUGAAUCCUUAAUCAGAUCAGCUGGUUAUUAGGACCAAAAGAACUGCAUUUCAAUUUCGUCUUGAUUUACUUGUGUGUGUAUGUAUAUAUAUAUAUGAAUAUUAAGGCUACAAUAUUUGUGCAUUUUUUAAAUGUUUGAUCAAUAAAUUGUCUUUAUAAAAUCAAAGUUUAA